AAAGGCUACUUUUAAGCAUGUCUUGGUUCUUUGUAAACAUCAGUAACAUCACUUUGGAGGACGCACACUCUGACGAUGAUCCGCGGGAUGAGCGCUUGGCUCGGGUGGAAAUAGCUCUCCUGUCCAUCAUCUUCAUCACCGCGGGGAUCCUAAACUUCGGGCUGCUGCUGGUGCUGUGGAAGCGGAGGAAGCAGCUCUCCAGGAUGCGCGUCUUCGUCCUCCACCUGUGCGUCGCCGACCUUGUGGUCACAUUUUUCCAAGUUUGCCCGCAACUCAUGUGGGAUAUCACUGACCGGUUCGUGGGGCCGGACGUAUUGUGUCGCGCUGUGAAGUAUCUGCAGGUGGUCGGGAUGUUUGCAUCUACUUAUAUGAUUGUAGUGAUGACGAUAGACAGAUAUCAAGCCAUCUGCAAACCCAUGGUGACUUUCCAGAGGCGCAGGUCGCGCUGGAACGGUCCAGUUUGCGCCGCCUGGUGCGCCUCUCUCAUCGGCAGCCUCCCGCAGAUCUUCAUCUUCUCCCGGGUGGAGGUGGCCCCCGGUGUGUACGAUUGCUGGGCUCAGUUCAUUAAACCGUGGGGCCCCAGAGCCUACGUGACGUGGACCACUCUGGUGAUAUUCGUGCUGCCCAUUUUCAUGGUGAUCGUGUGUCAGGUGCGCAUCUGCCGCACUGUGUACAACAACUUCUACAUGAAGACGCAGCAGGGCGCAGGGAAGGCCAGGAAGCCGCUGUCCUCGCGGGCCAGCAGCGUGGUUGGGGUGUCUAAAGCGAGGGUGAAGACGGUGAAGAUGACCGUAGUGAUCGUGUUCGUUUACAUCCUCUGCUGGGCGCCUUUCUUCACCGUGCAGCUGUGGUCCGUGUGGGACGUGGAGGCACCCACUCAGAGUGCUACCUUCACCAUCCUGAUGCUGCUGGCCAGUCUGAACAGCUGUGCAAACCCCGUCAUCUACCUGCUGUUCAGCGGGAAGCUGCCAAAGACCCUGGUGGCCCUGAUGUGUGCCGGUCAGCCCGACCUGAAGGAGUCCAUCCAGGAGGAGGCCACCAUGGUCAGCUCGCUGUACAUCGUCAGAGUCUGUCAGAGUCUGUCAGAGAGCAGACGUCCGGACCCCUCGGAAUCUUAAACUCACCUCAGGACAGCAUGGUUUUCGCACAAGAAAGACUUACGGUAUUGUCAUUGUCUAAUAAGUGUGAAGAAGAAGUCAGUGUAGUUACAGUAUAAUAUAGUGAGACAAUAUUUUUGAGGUAAAACACACACAAUAAGUCUUUACAGGGAUAUUACAAUGGAACACUUGCUAUCAAGUCGGUAUUACUUUACACAUUCUUUAAAAACAUUGAACGAUUGUUUUACUUUUUUUUAAAAAACCAUGCUAGUGGUGUGGUUCUAGAGAUGGUGGUUUAUCCAUUGGUUGGUCCACCACUUGGGUCCAGACUGACACUACUGGAUGGAUUCCCAUUACUUUUUGUACAGACAUUCAGGUUUCCAGAAGAUGAAUACGUUGACUGAUUUAUUUAGCGCUACCAGCAGGUCAACGUUUUCCCAUAUCCACCGAAUCAUGUUGACAUCUCAAUCGUUACAAAAGAUGCAUGGCAUUCAUGGUUCCCUGAGGUUGAAUUGACUCUGUUGAUCUCCAGACCUUUCUUCUCCUGUCAAUAUGAAGAUGACAUUUUGUGGUUUUGAGUGACAUGUCCUUACAACUGUUGAAUGCAUGAAUGGUUCCAAGGGGAUGAAUUGUAAUAUUUUUGGUGAUCCCUGACUUUUUCCUUUGUUGCAUCAUCAGGUCAAUCUUAUAUUUUUCCAUAUCUUCGGUGUACAACCAACUACCUGCACAACUAACUAUUCCCAUCAGCCUCAGCCAUAUUCUGAAUGAGCAUCGGGAGCACCAGGAGCUUUUCCAAUUGGCCUCUCGACACAUAGGGUAGAGCAAGGUCAUUUGGGUACUCAGGUAAAAUAGGAUAAAAAAGGGUUCUACAACCUGGGCUCUUUUUUUUUUGUAUGCAGCUAAUCUUCAAACUAAUAUAGCAUUGGUGCUUAAAAGGUUGUUUACAUGAAACAAUCAUUUUGAGAUUUAGAUAAGUGAGAACAUUGCAUAAGGUUGAUGCACUCAACGUCGUACAUUUUUGACCAAUCACUCCCUGGAUGGGGGCAGUAUAUUGUACAAAAAAAGGUUUAGGUAAUACAGUUACAUUUUAAAAUGGUCAAUUCAAUAUGCAUUAGUGGCAAGAGGAUUGUCUUGCAAGUAGAUUUAGUGUCUGAUUAGAACCUACAAAAAUGGAAAGGUUGGUUUUGUAUUUCUUUAACAGUUUAAUUGUCCAAUUGUAAUUUAUUGCAGCUUUUCUUAGCUGCCGCUGGUCUUUUUUUGUACCUACAUUUGCUCAAGAGUUCACAUAAAUAAAAGUUGAAUAAAAGUAUCA